CGAGUUACACAAGUUCGUCUGCGAGGAUUAUGUGGCUGUGGUGUCCCCUCUUGUGUAAUAUUUUAUUAUUUUAUUCAAGUAAUCAAAGUAAUCAAAGACGGCUCAUUGGAAAACGUAGUUCAGUAACAUUCCAAUGUGCGAGAACGGACUAUGUAAAUUAUGUAGGUCAUUUUAUCUAAUAGGGGACGUGAGUGAGUUACCAAAUACCCUUUACACAACCGCAGGGGCACAGUAAGUGUUGAAUGGGCACUGCCAAGGCACUUCUCCUGUUGCUUGGCACUGGCACUGUUGAAGGCUUGUGAUGUGCUCUGUGGUCUUUACUCUUUGAUGGCUUACAAGUGGGACCUUCCAUAAGCUUAAAGUAGUUUAGUAAUGGUUUUAAGCCAGUGGAUAUAUUCUAAGAUGAUUUUUUAAGGAAAUUAUAUAAUGAGUGAUUAUGUAUAGAGAAGAUAAUGCAGAUUGCUGAAGCUUUUCAAAGGAUAGAAAGAGUGAUUUCUGGCAUACCCCAAAAACGUGAAGCAAAACACCAUUCAUAGUAAGAAAUAAGAAAGAGGAAAAAAAGAAACAAUUACCACACCUUGAAAAAUCACUAAGGAUUAGGAAGACAUGUCCAGCGUGAGAUGGGGAGCGCGUUCCCUGCGCAGACUGCUCUCUGUGCGCAACGGGAAGACUGCUACUGUGAACGGUGUGUUGUGCUUGCGUGUCAUUGGCCGUGAACCCCAGAGAUGCUCCCUGGUGUUCGCCCGUCCAAUCUCCACCUGCAUUCCACUGUGCCAGUCCUCCGCUGGGCCGCCAACGGAUGGGAGUGGAGGGGGCGAUGAUGGGAACGACAAGGACGCUCAGAGCAAGAAAAGCGAGAAGAACCAGUUAUGUUGUCCCAAGUGCGGCGAUCCUUGCACCCAUGUGGAGACCUUUGUUUCCUCAACACGGUUUGUGAAGUGUGAGAAAUGUCAUCACUUCUUCGUGGUGCUGUCAGAGGUGGACUCCAAGCGCAAGCAGAAGGAAAAGCGAGAUGACCCCAAGACCUCCUUCAGUCGCAGACCGCCUCCUCCACCAAAGAAGAUCUACGAGUACCUGGAGAAUCAUGUGGUGGGACAAGAGCGUGCCAAAAAGGUGCUGAGUGUGGCAGUUUACAACCACUACAAGCGCAUCUUCCACAACAUACCCCAGACCAAGUCCGAGCCCCUGCACCUGGACACGGCCACCAUCCCGCAGGGCCUCACCAACAGGGGUAGGGACCUCUUGCACAUUGCCGGCAUCAGCCAAAGCCAUGCGCUGGGGGUCAGUGGCUUCCAGAACAAUGAUCAGGGACAGCAGGGGGGACAGCAGGGGGGGCAAGGGGGCCAGACCCUAGACCAGCAGACCUCCAAGCGGCCUGUCACCAGCAGCAGUUUGCAUGGAUCAGACAUAUUGGAUGCGACCACACACAUGCUCCGGCUGGAGAAGAGCAACAUUCUUCUCCUGGGGCCAACUGGUUCAGGCAAGACCCUCUUAGCCCAGACCAUAGCCCAGUGCCUAGAUGUCCCCUUUGCCAUCUGCGACUGCACCACGCUCACCCAAGCUGGCUAUGUUGGCGAGGAUAUUGAAUCUGUUAUUGCCAAGCUGCUGCAGGAUGCCAACUAUAAUGUGGAGAAAGCCCAGACAGGCAUUGUAUUCCUUGAUGAGGUGGACAAGAUUGGUGCAGUCCCAGGGAUACACCAGCUGCGUGAUGUAGGGGGGGAGGGGGUCCAGCAGGGCAUGCUCAAGAUGCUGGAGGGCACUAUUGUAAAUGUACCCGAACGCAAUUCCCCGCGUAAGCUCCGAGGUGAGACAGUCCAGGUGGACACAACCAACAUCCUGUUUGUAGCCUCAGGAGCCUUCAAUGGGCUGGAUCGCGUUGUGUCCAGGAGGAAUAAUGAGAAGUACCUAGGCUUCGGUAUUGGGGGCCAGUCUGUAGGCCGUCGGGCAGCGUCACAAGCUGACGUAGCACACCAGACAGCCAGUACAGACGCUGAGGAGGACAACCAGGAGAAGGAUGCACUGCUAUCAAAGGUGGAAGCCAGGGACCUCAUUGAAUUUGGCAUGAUCCCGGAGUUCGUAGGGCGUUUCCCUGUUAUUGUCCCCUUCCACUCGCUGACGGCUGCCAUGCUGGUCCGAAUCCUUACCGAGCCCAAGAAUGCACUUGUGCCACAGUUCCAGAUGCUCUUUGGGAUGGACAAGGUUGAACUUGCCUUCACCCCAGAUGCCAUGGAGGCCAUUGCACACAUGGCAAUGGAGAGGAAGACCGGCGCAAGAGGCCUACGCUCCAUUAUGGAAAACCUCCUCCUUGAUGCCAUGUUUGAGAUUCCCGGCUCAGACAUCGUGAGUGUACACGUGACUGCCGACUCCGUUCGAGGGGAUGCAGCUCCCAUCUUUGUACAUGGCCAGCCGCUCCCAACUGAGGACGACCAGGAGGAGGAGCAAGCAUUAGCUCAGGCCAAGUAAGAGAGAACUGUGAAGGCUGGCUAACUGGUUGGAGAAGAAGAGGUGGAAGAGAGGCAGCAGAGGAGCAAGAGGAUGAAGAGGAAGAGAGUAGGGGGAGAGGAAAGAGGAAAGAGGAAAGGAAGAGGAGGAGGAAGAACUUCAGCAGGACUUAGAAAAGGAAAGCGGUGAUCCACAAGACUUCGGCCAACGACAGGAGACACUCAGAAACCUGAUCUUCCUCUUAGCUCAAGACAGGGAAGAGGACUAAGCCAUUCCUCAGGGUUGUUUGGCAUUAAUCUUUCCUUCAGAUGAGGCUGAGGACAGAGAGAAAUGUAGUGACAGAGACAGAGGGAGAGAGAAACAGACAGAGGGGAGACAGACAGACAGAUUGACCUAAAAGACAUGUCAAGGAAGACAGUUGAGAUUAAUCCUGUUAAAUCCAUGUCUCACCACCAGUUUUCUUUAUUUUCUUUAUACAUAAAAAAAAAUUGUGGAAGGUAGCAAAUAUUUUAUAAAGUUAUGUACCUUCAUAUCAAGAACCAGCUGCAAAGGAACUGUGAUAUACAAGAUGCCUAAUUGCAGUGAAAUCAACAGUUUGAAUAGUUUUCUGUUUGUGUUUGGGUUUUGUAGAGAAUCCAUGUGUUCAAAAAAAUUAGACGUCUUAAUAUUUUGUACAAAAUAGUAAGGUGUAUAUAUGAGUUUGUAAAAUGUUCAGUAAGGUGAGUACAAUUGCAGUUCAAUUAUUUAUACUGUUGUUAUUAUUAUUUUAUAUUGGCAAGUAUUUGUAUGUUUAUCUCCUCUUUAUUUCCUGUGAUGGGGAAAAAGAAUAUGGCAGUCUAGUGAAGACCGAUACAAAUGUAGGCUGAAAAAACUAGGACAUGUUCUCUGUUGUCUCAGAUCGGCCUAGGUCCUCUUUUCUAUGUAUAGUUGUAUGUAUUCCAUAUUUGGAACAUUUGUACAGUGUUUUAUUGUUAGGGGUUAGUCUCGUAGACAGUUAAGAAUUGUCUUCGGAUUUCAUUUGAAAAGUUCCAGUGAAGCAUACUACACGGGCUGUAGAUGAAGAUUGUACACAAAGAGAGAUAGUGGGGUUAUCAUCGUUAUCAUCAGGUACUAGUGUAUAAAGAGAAUUAAGGUUAAGUGCAUAUUUUUUUUGUGUUUUUUUCCUUUUUUAUGUGUGUGUGUUGUGCAGUCUUAUUUUUCAGGCUAGUGUGGUUGAUGAAUUUAAACUGUCUGUUUAGAACUGCUCUUCUGUGCAGCCUAAUUGUAAGGAAUGAUGCUAUUGGCUGCACGCUAAAAUUUAACGUCCAGUUUUAGAACCAGGUUGUAAAAAAAUAUGUAUAUAAAAAUAGAUAAUA